ACUCGCAGUGCGCAUGCGUUGAGUAGCGCAGUUCGUUCACUGCGCAGCCUGUGUUCAUACUUCAGAGAGUUCGGGAGUGUCUGAGGCCAUGUGGUUAGCGAUGCGAUAGAAUAAUAUCAUUAUAUUUGUUGUUUGAGUUGUUUUUACAUUAAAAAUGUCGUUUUUCAUCCGAAAUCAACGCGAUACUAGAGGCCCUAAGCGAAAGGUCAAUGGAGCAAGUACUAAGGAUUCUAAAAGUACAGCAUCAAAGUCAAAGAAAAAAAUAAACAAGAAAUAUACAAAUGAUGACAACGAAAGUAUUGGCAGUACAGAUGAAGAAUUUGCUGAAGAGCAAAACAGAAAUCAAGAUGAUUUCGAAGAAUCAGAGGAAGAACAAGAGACUCCACAGGAAAAGCGUCUUAGGCUAGCCAAAAAGUAUUUAGAAGAAAUUGAAGAAGAAGAAAAAGAUAGAGCAGAGUUUGAAGAAGGUGCCAUUGCAAAAAGAUUAAAAGAAGAAUAUUUGGAAGAAAAGGGCAGAUUGAGAAAAGUAGUUGCUGACACAUACACAGGACACAAAGAACCAUGCAUUCUUCGAUGCAAAGAUCACAACAAUUCUGUUACUUGCGUUUGCAUUUCUAAUGAUGGACAAUUCUUAUUUUCUGGAUCUAAAGAUGGAAGCUUAGUGAAAUGGUCUUUAUCCGACAAACGAAAAUUAAAAUCUUUGAAAGGCAAAGGAAAAAAUCACGAUGGAAUGAAAUGUAUACGGUGUAUAGCAAUCAGUACGGAUAGUAAAUUUUUGGUCGUAGGGUGUGACGGAACAAAAAAUAUAAAAGUGUUCUCACCUGCAGAUCUCAGUCACAUAAAAGAUCUACAAGGUCACAGAGAUGUCGUUUCUGGUCUUGUAUUCAGAAAAAACACGCAUACUUUAUAUUCCGCAUCUAUGGAUAGGUGUGUAAAAGUAUGGAAUUUGGAUGACAUGGCUUAUGUCGAAUCUCUGUUUGGACAUCAAAAUGGUAUAACGUCAAUUGAUGCUUUGGCACGCGAAAGAGCCAUCACAAGUGGUGGAUUUGAUGGAACAGUGAGGAUAUGGAAGAUUGUCGAAGAAUCACAGUUGAUUUUCAAUGGACAUGGUGGUAGUAUAGAUUCUGUAAAGUUAAUAAACGAGGAAAAUUUUUUGAGUUGUGGUGAUGAUGGACAGUUGUGUGUAUGGGGUUGUUUGAAGAAGAAACCGCUAUGCUGUGUGCAAGAGGCUCAUGGAAAAAACGAAGAAAAUAAUUUACCAAUGUGGAUAUCUAGUAUUGCUACGUUGUUGAACACAGAUUUGGUCGCUUCAGCAUCUGUUGCAGGUGCCAGUAACGGAGUCAUAAGGUUAUGGAAAUGCGGAGAAUCAUUUAGAAGCUUACAACCUCUUUUCGACAUCAAAAUAACUGGCUUCAUCAAUUCGCUCGUUUUCACACCUGACGGAAAGUAUCUCAUCGCUGGAAUAGGGCAGGAGCACCGGCUGGGUCGGUGGUGGCGAAUUCCAGAAGCCAGAAAUAGUAUAGCCAUAAUUCCACUUACCCAAAAUCAAGCAAAUACGUGAUUUGAAACAAUCAGUCUAGAAAGUAAGUGAUCAUCAGACCAGCCAGAGGUGUUAUACAUUCUAUCGGGAAGCAUCGUUAAAUGUUGUAACUACUGUCCUUGGUAGAAUUUUGUUACGAAAUUUUAUUGUACAGUAAAGAGUGACAUAUAUUUUUAAGAAAGACACUGUAUCUAUACCUUGAAUACACAGCACACAAAGUAAUGUUAAUAAUUUUUUUAUUUAAGCAAUAAAAAACUUUUUUACCUCGAAGUCUCGGCAUAGAAGUCUAACAUAAAAUCUCAACAGUUAUACAUAAUUUUUGAAUCAUUGUUUGAAUAAUAAAACUCGAAGAAAAAUACAAA